AUGCUCAUCAGAAUAAGGUCAAAGGAAGGAACUUCUCGUAUCGAGGUCCAGCCAAAUGAUGAUGCCGCCGUGUUAUCUGAGAAGCUCGAGCAAGUGCUGAAGAAUCCGGUCGAUGCGGAUGCUACGACGAUCUCUGAUAAACCUGCGGGAGAGGAAAGGACGCUUUCGUCGGUGCGUGGACAGUCGAUUGCGGAGUUGGGGCUGAAGCAUGGAGAUAUGCUGUUCGUUAAACUCGUCGUGUCUACCUCUAAGACAUCACCGACGACUUCGACGGCACCGCAAGGGACGACGUCGAGAUUGAACGGCAAAGAGGUGGCUGCGGGGGAGAUUCCGUCUGUAGCGAUCGGUGGUGACGAGACGAAGCAUUUGAAGAACGCGUUUGAGAGCGUGAAGCAGGAUCAUAUUGAUGAUGUCCUGGAGAAGAUAGAUGGGAAGAUUUACCGGAAGCAAGGGAGGAUGUGUCGCCAUGGACCUCAGGGGAUGUGUGAUUACUGUAUGCCAUUGGAGCCAUACGACGCGAACUAUCUGGAGGAACACAAGAUCAAACAUCAAUCCUUCCACGCCUACCUCCGAAAACUCAACACCGCAACAAACAAACCCGAAAUGGGCGCCUCCUACGUCCCCCCGCUCUCGGAACCCGAAUGCCGUGUAAAACCCCACUGUCCCUCCGGUCACCCUCCCUGGCCAAAAGGUAUCUGCUCGAAAUGCCAACCAGGCGCGAUAUCGCUGCAGUUACAGCAGUUCCGGAUGGUCGAUCAUGUGGAGUUUGCGAGUAGUGAGUUGGUGAAUGGGUUUAUUGAGUUUUGGAGGAAGAGUGGGACGCAGAGGUUUGGGUAUUUAUAUGGGAGGUAUGAGGGGUAUGAUCAGGUGCCGUUGGGGAUGAAGGCUGUCGUGGAGGCGAUUUAUGAGCCGCCGCAGGGCGGGGAGACGGAUGGGUUGGCGUUGGCGGAAUGGGAAAAUGAGCACGGGAUCAGUGAGGUUGCGGGGGGAUGCGGGUUACGUAUGGUAGGGAUGAUCUUUACGGAUUUGGUAGAUGAUGGGACGGGGAAGGGAACGGUCAUCCCCAAACGCCAUGCCGGAAGUUACUUCCUGAGUGCACUCGAGAUCCACAUGGCAGCAACCAUGCAAAACCGCUACAAAAACACCUCAAGAUGGUCCGAAACUGGCGAAUUCGGCUCAAAAUUCGUGACAUGUGUGAUCAGCGGCAACGACGAAGGACAAAUCGAUAUUGCGGCAUAUCAAGCCAGCAACUCGGCUAUGGCGAUGAUCAGGGCGGAUGUUAUUGAGCCAAGUGUGGAUCCGGGAAGUAUGCUUGUCAAACAUGAGGAUGAGACGAGGUACAUCCCGGAUGUGUUUUAUCGGAAGGUGAAUGAGUAUGGACGGGCAGUGCAAAUCGACGCCAAACCUGCUUUUCCGGUUGAAUACCUUUUGGUCACACUUACCCAUGGAUUCCCGGAGAACCCGAAACCAAUGUUCCUCUCCCACCGCUUCCCAGUCGAAAACCGCGAAGUUAUCGGCGUCGUCCAAGACCUCGCCGCCGUCGGCUCCCAAGUCGGUGUCAGGAGGUCGGGUAAGAGUGCAGAGACUGGUGUCGAUGCAGUUAGUGAUUUCCAUAUGUUGUGUUUCCUUCACGGGAUGGGAAUUCUGGAGGAGGAGGAUGAGAAGGCGUUGGCGAAGGUUGCGUGUGGGCAUGAGAUGGUUGAUGCGUAUGCGCUUUUGGAGAGGCCAGGGUGGCAGACGUUGUUGACGAUUAUUCGGGAGAGUACGUAG